CUGAUGGAAGUGCGAUCAAGGCGUCGCCUCAGGCGCUCGCCGCCGCCGCCGCCGCCGCAUGGAGCACUCCCAGUGUGUGAUCUUAACGUCGAUGACCGCAUCAGCGCCCUCCACGACGACAUGCUCCUGCUGGUACUCGUGCGCCUGCGCUGCGCCAGCAUGGCGGCGCGCACCGACGUCCUCUCGCGCCGGUGGCGUGGCCUCUGGGCCCGCCUCCCCGAUCUCACCUUCCGCUACGUCCCGCCCGGAGGGAUCGAAGCGGCGCUCUCCCGCGUCGCGCUCCCCGCAGCAGUUUCUCUUCUCGACAUCCGUUUCCCGGGUUUUUCGUCGCCGGCAUGGGGAAAGGCCGACGACGUCCGCGCCAAGUCGCUGCUGCGCGCCGCCGCGCGGCUCUCGCCGGAGGAGCUCGUCUUCACCCUCUCGUCGUAUACUGCAGUAAAACCAGGCCGUCCCGUCGAAAUCGUCGUGCCAUGCUUCCGCCGGGCCACAUCGAUGGAGCUGGAUACGAACAGCCUCCGCCUCAAACCGCCGCCGGCAGGCCAGCUCCCCGUGCUCGAGAGGUUGUCUCUCUCCGGCAACAUUGUUGACCUUGGCACCAUGCUCAGCCGCUGCCCACGGCUACGCGUGCUCAGGGUCACCUUCCGUAGCACGAAUCCCGACUCGCUUGAAGCGGCUCUCUCCUCUCUUGAAGCCGCUGUGGCGCUCGGCCUUACGGUGUCCCUCCUCCACAUCCACCACACUAAUAUUGAUUGGUGGAGGUACAGUAUUGGGGCUGCUCGCUUCUCCUCCCUUCUCGGUUCCAUGGCAAGGGUCUCCCCUCAGGAGCUCGUCCUCGUCGACGGCUACCACGAAUGUUAUAAUAUUGACCUGCCUUGCUUCCGGCGCACAACGGCAAUCCAGAUGAGAUUGUACACCGUCCGCUUCACACAUCUACCGGAGGAUCAUUUCCCUGCGCUCGAGAGUCUAUCCCUCGAGGGUUGUUGCACCAUCCCCGACCUUGCCACAUUGGUCACGCGAUGUCCUCGCUUGCGCGUUCUCAAGGCAACCAUAGAUGAUCAUACAGACCAUGUCACAGUCUACUCGACGUCGCUACAGGAGCUUUACAUCAAUGCCGCUAAAGACACAGAAUGCCGGGGCAUUGACAUUGUGACUCCGUUGCUUAAACGGCUGAACCUGGAGGUCAAGGCUGACAUGGACCUCAGCAUGUCUAUCUCGACACCUAUGGUGGAGAGGGUCUCGUUGACGCGCUCGUAUACAAAUUCGCCUCUUUUAUUUGGUUUUUGGUCGCUCAAGAGCAUGAGAUUGGAGACCACAGAGAGCUACAAAUACUACAAAGAUGGGGGUCUCAGCAACAUCAACUACCAGGAAGCCGCGUGUUCGCAGCCCCCUCGCAUUCAUUCCCUGGUCUUUAGCAUAUUUGCCGAUAAUAAUUUUCAUUUGGGUGCAGUGCCGCUGAACUUCGCGCAUGAGAUGAAGAAACUUCUGAUCACCAACUAUUCUAUGUUGGAGCUACAUCUCAGCACAAAGGGGCAUGUUCUUGGAGCAUUGAUGUUGCGUCUUCUUGGGAUGCACCAAAUUCGAACCGCUAUACAGAGCCUUAAGGUUAUCCUAUCAGGGUGGUGCAGGAUGUCACAAACAUCAAAAUGUCUUGAAAAUUGUCUUUGUAAUGAGCCCAACAACUGGAGGAGCCAAAGUAUCUCCUUGACUCAUCUUGAAGAAGUAGAAAUCGACAACUUCGGCGGAGGGGACAGUGAGAUUGAUUUCAUCACAAUGAUAUUCGGAUGGGCGCCAGUGCUUAAAGGAAUGACCAUCAGGCUGGCGCAUGGCAUGAAACAAAGUGACACUGAAUUUUGUGUCAUGAAUAUUAGCAUUAUAUGUUUGGUGUAUCCUUCUGUUGAUUGCUUUAUUUAUCCCAGCUAUUAUGGUGAACUAGUUUGGCGUACGCCCAUAAAAUUACCAUGCUCUUAG